GGUUUUGGCUUUUUUUUAAAAAACAUGGGUUCAUAUCAGAAGCAUUUGGAGGCACUUAUUGAAGUCUCUCCCACAGAGAUUCUGACUCAGGAAGUCUGUUGUGGGGUCCCUUGCUCCAUGGCUGAUUCUGAGCCAGAGGGGACAACCAUGAGUCUGGCCUCCCUAAACCACCCACUCCCCUCCUCAGUGCAGUCCUCCCACUGUUGUCUUUUCCUGAAUAACCUGAUGUGACCUCUUCACCUGCUCAUUCUUAUCAGACUCUUGCUGACGUGUCUUCUCCCGGCAGGCAGCUCUCCCUGGUCUUAGUUGUCUCUGUGUCUGCUACCGUGCCUGCUUCCCUCUAUCCUUGGAUUUAUCACACUGCAUUUGCAGGUUUACUCUAAGGAGUCUUUGAGGACAGAGCUUUUAAUCCUGAGAAUCCUGUUCAGUAAACUGCCUAGCAUGUAACUCAAGUAUUUGUUGAAAUAAUGGGUGAAGGAAUUCAUUCUCUUUUCUUGGUACUGUCUUAGAACUUGUGACUUACAGUCAGGAAUUCUUUGUACAUUCGCUCUGGCCAUUCUCCAUGAUACUUUCCUAACUUUUUCACCAUCAUUUAAAAUGUGUAGUAUCAACCAAGAUGAUCCUGGGCUAACCCAUUCUGUAAUAAAAAACAAGUGCUUUGGAAUUGGGCAACCCUAGGUUCGUGUCUCGACUUUGCUAUUUACCAGGUUGAGUCCAUGGGUAAAUUAAAUUACUUAACUUUUAAAAAUCUGUUUCCUCAUCAGUAAAAUGGGGAUGAUAAUACCUCAUAGUAUUAUUGUCAAGCCCCAGUAAAAUAGUAUUUGUAAAGUGCCCGGCCCAUAGUAGGUGUUUAUUAAGUGCAAAUUCCCUUUGGGGGAGACCCCAUGGCAUAAUAAAACUCAAUACUUUCGUUGCAGAGUCUGGUUGUGCUGCUUACAGGCUGUGUAUCUUUGGUUAACUUAUGUAUCUCAGGAGCUUCAUUUGGAAAUAGGCAUAAUUAUGAUUGUUCUUUUGGAAUUAUUAGGGAAAUUAUAUAAAACAUAUGUAAAAUGUCCAGCUAGUGUUGGCAUCUAGUAGAUACUCAAUAAAAUGGUGAUGAUGAUGAUUAUUAUUCUGCAGUGUUUUUCCUGCUUUCCAUGAUCCAGAUUUUAUUAUCCCUGAUACUGACCCUAACAUUAUUUCUAAAGGUUCAGUUGAUUUCAGUGAUUCUUAAAUUUUCUAUUUCCUAUCCUGAAAAAAUCCUAAAUCAUCUAUAAUGUAUUGUUUAUCUGGUAGCUCCCUUUUAGUCAUUUUUCUUUAUAGAACUAUACUCUCUGGUGACUUGUCUUUGAAAACCUGCAUUAUUAUUCUAAGCCAAUUUUUUCCCCCUGUGUAACAUUAGCAUUGUCUAUCUCGGGAGUCCCCUGAGGAAUCAGAAUUCAGAAGGAAUCUCUUAGACAAGGGAAUCCAUUGCCUUCCUGACUCAACUGGGCAGCAUUUUCAGACUGUCUCUGCCCAGAAUGUCAGGAAAAGCUGCAGGCCUGGCCUCCCAUGCUCCAAAAGAACAAGAAGGACUUAUAAUUGUGAAGGUUGAAGAAGAGAAUUAUGUUUGGGGGCAGGACCAUGGCCUUCAGGGAAAUACCUGUAGCCUGGAGACCUUCCGCCAGCGUUUCAGGCAGUUUGGCUACUCUGAUUCUGCUGGGCCCCGGGAGGCCCUGAGCCAGCUCCGGGAGCUUUGCCAUCAGUGGCUGAGGCCGGAGGUGAACACCAAGGAGCAGAUCCUGGAGCUGCUGGUGCUGGAGCAGUUCCUGGCCAUCCUGCCUGACGAGCUGCAGGCCUGGCUGCGAGAGCACCGGCCUGAGAAUGGAGAGGAGGCCGUCACUCUGCUGGAGGAGCUGGAGAAGGAGCUUGAUGAGCCAAGGCAACAGGACACGGUUCAUGGCCAAGGAAUGAUCUGGAAGGAAAUGACUUCCAUAGGAGCACUGAAAUCUCUGAGUAUACAGCUCCAGCCUUUGGAGAACCAGUGCAAGAGUGAGACUCAGGAGUGCCAGACUUCCCAUGAGAGAGAUGGCAAGCUGGCAAGUGACAAGGUAUUAACAACAAAACAAGAAAUUAUUGAAUGUGUAGCGUCAGCGGCCAUGAUAUCCCCAGGAAGACUUCCUGGGGAAACUCCUUCACAACAGGUAGUUGGAGAAGCUUUGGGAGGUCUGGACAACUUCGAGAAGCCGAAAGGAACUGCUCCAAGGAGCAAAAUGAGUCCACUUCCUUCCCAGGAAAGACAUCUUAGUCUGGCAACCUUCAACAAGAAAAUCUCCACUGAAGAGUGUGUCCUUGAAUGUAACCAGAGUGAAAGGGCUCUCAGUGUGAACUCAGAUGUCUUCACACGACAGAGAGUUCAUGCUGGAGGAAAGGUCUACGAGUGCUUGGACUGUGGGAAAGCCUUUUGCCAGAGCUCGAAGCUGAUUAGACAUCAGAGAAUUCACACUGGAGAGAGGCCUUAUGGAUGUAAAGAGUGUGGCAAAGCUUUCAGUUUGAGCUCGGACCUUGUUAGACAUCAGAGGAUUCAUAGUGGUGAAAAACCCUAUGAAUGUUGUGAAUGUGGUAAAGCUUUCAGGGGCAGCUCGGAGCUCAUUAGACAUCGGAGAAUUCACACCGGAGAAAAACCGUAUGAAUGUGGUGAAUGUGGGAAAGCCUUCAGCCGGAGCUCAGCCCUCAUUCAGCACAAGAAAAUUCACACUGGAGACAAAGGCUAUGAGUGUACUGAAUGUGGUAAGGCUUUUGGUAGAAGCUCUGUCCUUAUUGAACAUCAAAGAAUUCACACUGGAGAAAAACCUUAUGAAUGUAACGAAUGUGGAAAAUCCUUCAAUCAGAGCUCAGCCCUCACGCAGCACCAGCGAAUCCACACUGGGGAGAAGCCUUACGAAUGUAGCGAAUGUCAGAAAACAUUUAGGCACAGGUCAGGCCUUAUGCAACACCAGAGAACUCACACAAGAGUUUAACUCUUGAGUAAGGAUUAUACAAUUGUGUAAUACCAGGGAUUUGGUGAGGUUCCCACCAAAGUGAGAAGUCUCCUGAGAGCAGAGUUUCCGUCCUUCCAGUCUAAGUCAGUACAUGCUGUACAAGGAGAUCCAGACAAAGAUGGUUGUUGAUGUGCUGAAUGGGCACCUUCACAGUAAAGCCAGGUCUGGGGUAAAGAUCCUGAAAGAGCUCCUUAUAAGAUGGGCUGAGAGGUGGUGCCUCCAAUGGCAAGGAUCUCUGCAGCAAGAAGAGCGUGCAUUUGGCAGCUGGAGGCAUGUGCUGAGAGUCAUUCGGUUCUCUAAAGUAUUCAAUUGUGAGGCUGUGAAAUGUUGAAUCAUGCCCUGGAUCAAUUUAUAGUUCAUUCUGCCCCCUUGCCAGUUCUCUUCUCGACCCCGAGCUUCCUGAGGUCAUUUUGUUUAUUGUGUACCUGCUAUGUGCCAGCUGUCGGGGCAGACAUAGCAUUGCCCUCCCAGAGUUGAGAACUAAUGGGAUACAGAUAUUAUAUAUA